AGCAGUCCCGAGAAGAAAAACGCCAAAAUCGUGGGUCUGAGCGGCUGGUAUCAGCAACAGGCUGGAGACGGGAAAACGGAGGUCCUUCAAGUUGUUCUGCGCGGUGAGUCUCUGCCAUGUGGGAAUGUGUGUUGUACUUGUUGCCCUCUUCGCUGCUCCUCUUCGUUGCCUUCUUGAUCCAGUGGACCCCGGUGCGGCUGGGCCUGAGGGUGCCGAGUCGGUGGUUCGGGUGGAGGCUGUGGGCAUUGCUGUGUUGGUUCCUAGGUUUGCCCUUGGCUUCCCAGACCGCUGCCGAAGGACCUCCUCAGCUGGUGUGCAAACCCACGGCUCUGGCCCGGUUCCUAUUCCAGCGCUGCAAUCUCUUGGCCAAGCCUGGUCCGGCAGGGCUGCCCUGGGGUUACCCCCACUUCGAGACCGUCUGCAGCCUGGCUGGGCCACAGUGCGGCAGCGGAGGAGUUCGUUUUGCACGGGACCACCUGCAAAUGCAGGACGGGGGGGUGGUGGCGUUGGACUGGGCCGUGGGGCUUGAAAGGGAACUCGGCCCUUCCUUGAGGAAAGACUCAAUGGGAGGGGAGAAUGUUCUGGGCUGCCACAGUUCCUGUCCACCUGUACUGAUCUUGGUACCAAACUCCUGGGGCCGCGUGACACCCCACCUCCUCCGGCUAUGCGUCCUGGCUCUCUGCCAAGGAUUCUACCCUGUGGUCUUCCAUCGACGUGGGCAAGGGGGCUGCCCCCUGGUGACCCCAAGGUUCCAGGAGUUUGGGGACCCCUCAGACCUUGUCCAGGCUAUCGAUUACAUACGUUUCCGUCACCCGAAAUCUGUGCUUGUGGCCGUCAGCGAGGGAUCUGGCUCCGGGGUGCUCUUGUCCUACCUUGGAGAAUGUGGGUCCUCAUCGUACCUGACCGCAGCAGCCUGCCUGUCCCCGGUGUUGCAGGGGCAGCUGUGGUUUGAGAUGCCCUUCCCUGCACUGUACCGUUGGGGCCUGCUGCUGUACCGCAAGCUACAGCUGAGCAGGUACGCCACAGCACUCAGCUCAGCGCUGAACAUAGAACAGCUGCUUUGCUGCUCCUCUCUCUGGGACAUGGAGAUGCUCACCUUCUGCUCCACCAGGGCUUCCAGCUGCACAGAAGCUGACUGGGAGGCCUACUGGGAGCGCAACGAGCCACUGCGUGAUGCAGAUGAGGUGGCUGUACCCGUGCUCUGUCUGCGCAGUCGGGAUGACCCCUUGCUGCCUCCGAUUUCCACCUUGCCCACCGCACUGUUCCGCAGUAGCCCCUACUUCCUUCUGUUGUUGAGCAACAGCUCUGGCCAUUGUGGUGCUUCUGAGUGGAGCCACCCGCUGGUGCUGGAAUACUUCCGCGCGGUGGCUCACUUCCUGAGGGCGGAGGAGAUGGCAGCUGGGAUGCAGGCAGCGGCAGCAAGGAUGGGGCCAAGAGUGGGACCGGCGGGGACCGGUCCAGGGACCUGUCGCAGAACACAAACUCUGGUCACCCGCAGACGACGGGCUGCUCAGCUCAGGAGGGAUGGAUCCCCUAGCUGGCUGUCGACACACAUCGCCCAUGGUGGGAUUGGAAAGGUGGCAGACCAAGUGGGCUUUGGAGGGGAAUCAAAAGCGUUUACAUGGCACAGAUGUUACACGCGGUGA